CAUAAUAUGUGUGCUACCAUUUCAGCGUGAAUAGCACAGUUAGCGUUUGUUAUUAGCUGCAGUUUGUGAUUUUGUGAAAAAUAUUUGCAUUUAAGGGCGCUAUAAUUAAAAUAUAUAACCUAAUAUUGUAAAAUAUGGAUUCCGAAAACAUAAAUAAUGAAACCGAAAUUGAUAAUCAGGCGGAUGUUAUGCGUAUUAUGAUAUCCACUGAUAAUCAUUUGGGUUACGGUGAAAAAGACGCCAUCAGAGGUGAAGAUAGCUUCAUAGCCUUUGAGGAAAUGUUGGAAUUGGCCGUGAGAGAAGAUGUCGACUUUAUACUUCUUGGUGGCGAUUUAUUCCAUGAUGCUGUACCGACACAAAAUGCAUUGCACAAGUGCAUGAAGCUAUUACGAAUGUAUACCUUCGGAGAUCGACCAAUAUCUGUAGAAUUUUUAAGUGAUGGAAGUCAGAAUUUUCACAACUCUGUUAACGAAAGUGUCAAUUAUGAGGAUCCCAAUUUGAACAUAUCCAUACCCGUAUAUUCCAUACAUGGAAACCAUGACGAUCCCAGUGUUUUUGGAGGUUUGAGUACAUUGGAUUUAUUAUCUACCACUGGUUUGGUGAACUAUUUUGGCCGCUGGACGGAUUUAAAUAAAAUUGACAUUUCACCAAUUAUACUGAAAAAAGGUGCCACAAAGUUGGCUCUAUAUGGCCUUAGCCACAUUCAUGACAAUCGCCUUGCCCGUCUGUUUGAAAGCCGUAAAGUACAUAUGCAAGUGCCCGAAGGCGAGGAGGGGGAAUGGUUUCACUUAAUGGUACUACAUCAGAACCGCGCUGAUAGGGGGCCUAAAAAUUACUUGCCUGAAGAGUCUUUGCCAGACUUUUUGCAUUUGGUUAUAUGGGGCCAUGAGCAUGACUGUCGCAUAGAACCCGAACUCAAUGCAAAACGGGAUUUCUACGUGAGCCAACCAGGUUCUACAGUACCUACCUCCCUGUCAGAGGGAGAAGCGAUACGCAAACAUGUAGCAGUUUUAGAAAUCUACAAAGACAAGUUUAAAAUGAAGCCGAUUCCUCUACAGACUGUUCGACCAUUCGUGUUUGAAUCAGUUAAUGUUGCAGAUUUGGCACAAGAAUUGCGCUUAGACGAAGGAGAUGUUUCGAAUAAAGUACGUGCAAUGGCUGAAGAAAGAGUUGAAGCAAUGUUAGAGAAAUCGAAAAGUCUCCUAACAGGCCAUCCCAGGCAGCCAACAGUGCCCAAUGUCCGUUUGAGGAUUUGUUUUAAUGACGAAGAACAAAUGUUCAACGGCAUUCGUUUAGGACAAACAUUUAACGACCGAGUGGCAAAUCCUGCCGAUAUGAUACACUUUAAAAAAAUGAUUAAGAAGGAAAAGAAGGAGCGUUCAAAUCUCGAUAGAGAAGAGAUGAAAAAUCAACAUAAGAAACUUGAGGGAGAAUCUUUUACUCGUGUUGAGGAUUUAGUCGAACGUUAUUUCAAUGAAGUUGAUGAAAGCAAAUCCCUCAAAGUUAUAUCUACAAAAGCCCUUACGGAAUUGUGUAAUCAACUUGUGGAUCGCAAGGACAAUAACGCAGCUGAUAAUUUAAUACGAUCUUAUAAAGCUAAGGCCGUUGAUUAUUUAAUGGAAAAAAUGCCUUUGGAAGAUCAACUGGAUACCGAACUUCAAGAUUUCAAAUUAAGCAUAACUUCAGACGAUGUUUUGCAUAUGUUAAAAACCGUUGCUCCCAAUCCCAUUACGAAAACAUCUAGUUCGUCAGUCGCCAGAAAUGCUACGACGGCUAAUUACCAAGAGGUUAGUGAUAAUGACAGUGACGAAGCACCUUUGAAAAAUACACGUUCAACGAAAAAUACAAAAGAAGAUGUAUCUACCGCAAGAGGUCGUGGUAGAGCGACUAGGGGUCGAGCUGCUCGUGGUGGUGCCGCAACAACAACACCAUCGAAAAAUGCAACACGUACAGGAGCUACAGCAAAUAGUGGACGAUCAAAAGCCGUGGAAGUAUCUCCGUCCACCCGCUCAUCACCUCGUCAGCAAAGUCUUAUAAGCAUGGGAAUAAAUUCAAGGAAAGCAGCAACUAAACAAAAGGUUUAUGAAAUUUCCGACGACUCAGAUUGAGAGUAUCAACAUUGUCCGCAUGUUUUUUUUUACUCGAAGUACUUCACUUGUGAACAUACCUCCAACACCACCAUGUAUUUUAUUUACUAAGAUUUAAUUAUUUUCACAAGUUUUUAUACAUUGAUUGAUUAAGGUGUAUAAUUUUAUCAAUAAAUCAACGUCAUUCCAGUGGAAGAGAA